UCUCAUAGGCGAUGACAAAAUAUUGGGAUAUGUUUUCAUGAUUAUCUGUGAUGAUUACUCCUUAACGAAAUCUUAGAAUUCACGAUUUCGUUUCUUCACAUUAUAGCUUAAAUUUUGCUUAUUGGCAACAAGAAUGGAAAGAAAGAAAGAAAGAGACAUUGUUUAUUUCUUGAAGCAGAAGGGUAGAUUGAGGGAGUUGGAGUUAACUCCUUUCUCCAUAUUUUCCAUUUCUCAUCUCUUUUCUCUCUUUACGUCCUUCUCUUCUAGUGCUCAUUCAAUGCAAAAUAUCUGAAAACUCCUCCGCUUUUUCUUCAAGAGCUUCCAUUUCCAUGGAUGGUGUGCCAUCAGCGUUAUUGCUCAAAGAUGGCUUCGAUGUUGAGUAACAAACAAGGAAUCAAAAGGGGGAGACUAAGAAUUUCAUGCCAAAAGACAUAGUCGUUGUAUACUUACAAGCGUUCACCACCCGUUGGACUUCUUAACUCGUUCUUUUCUUAAAUUUGAUGAAAAAGCAUUUGAGUUUUCAACGAGCCUACUGAAAUUGAGGGUCAUUUUGUUUUCUGAAUUAUGAAGGAGAAGGUAAAUUCGUUUUCACCCACCGGAGUUCUUGAAGACUACUUUAGGAGCUCAGGACCCGAAUCAACUUCUUCUGAGUUGGCCAAACCAGCAGGUUCCUUUUGGCGUGGAAUAUUCAAAAUAUUGGGGUCGAAAUCCAGGAAGCCUGUAAGUAAAUUGCAUCCUCAGAGUGUGCUAAAGCUAUCCAAAAGGUUGAGCAACAGUAUGAGAGAGACUUUGCAUCUUCACUUUGGGUUUGAUUCCGAUGUCUGCAACUUUAACUCGCCAUGGAAGAAUUUCACUCUGCGAGAACUCGAGGCUGCGACCAAUUAUUUCAGCCCUGAAAAUGUGAUUGGAAAAGGGGGUUAUGCUGAGGUUUACAGGGGAUGUUUGAAGAGCGGACAAGUUGUGGCCAUAAAGAGACUGACAAGGGGAAGUUUUGAUGAGAAUGUUGGUGAUUUCUUACUUGAACUUGGAAUAAUGGCCCACCUCAACCAUCCCAAUACCGCCAAGUUAAUUGGCUAUGGAAUCCAAGGUGGAAUGCAUUUAGUUCUCGAAUUUUUUCCUCAUGGGAGUUUAGCUUCUACGCUUCAUGGUUUAAAGGAGAAGCUGGAAUGGAGCAUUCGGUAUAAAAUAGCCAUUGGAAUCGCAGAGGGUUUAAGAUAUCUACAUGAAGGAUGCCAAAGAAGAAUUAUCCACAGAGAUAUUAAAGCCGCUAACAUUUUGCUCACUCAAGAUUUUGAGCCUCAGAUUUGUGAUUUCGGGCUUGCAAAGUGGCUGCCAAAGCAAUGGACUCAUCAUAUAGUAUCAAAAUUUGAAGGCACAUUUGGCUACUUACCUCCGGAAUAUUUAUCACAUGGUAUAGUAGAUGAAAAAACUGAUGUUUUUGCAUUUGGAGUUCUCCUAUUGGAGCUUGUUACUGGACGUCGUGCUCUUGAUUACUCUCAGCAAAGUCUUGUUCUGUGGGCAAAGCCGUUGCUGAAGAAGAACAAUGUGAGAGAACUUGUUGAUCCUUUUACAAUAAAUUAUAAUUCACGACAGAUGAAUCUUGUUCUUCUUGCUGCUUCUUUAUGCAUACAGCAAUCCUCAAUUCGGAGACCUUGUAUGAGUCAGGUGGUUCAGAUCUUGUCUGGAGACCUGAGCUGCAUGAGAGGGACCAGAAAAAUGCAAAUACCUUUCCUUCGAAGAGCUUUUCGUGAAGAGUUAUUUAGAGCGGAGCAGCCAAGAUUGAGAGAUGUUCUUAUGGAACAUCCAUAGGUGGUGGUUCCAUGAAAAAGUAAAAGACAGAGCAUGGCCCUGUUGUGUUGUAGAGGCUCGAGGUCAAGUGCAGCUCCUAUAUUUGGCUAUUGGAAGCUGCAACCUUGGCUUGGGGAAUAUAGAUUCAAAUGCUCCCUAUUCCAAAGCUUUGUUUAUAAUCAGAACAUAAAUACCACAAAGAGGGUCUCAGUUUCUUGUCAAAUUUUGUUUACAUAUGUCUUAGUCGACGUAUAAAAUGAAACUUUUGAACCAUAAAGACAUGAUAAGAUAUAGGAAUAUAAUUCAAAUAUAAUGUGCUUACUUUUCCCA